AUUGUUCCUUGAGGAAUUAAACAAUUAUUGAAUCUAUCGAUCAAUACGAAGCCAAAGCGUAAGUGGAAGCUAGGAAGCUGAAUGUGAUGUAUAUGAAAGCCAAGACGGGGGCAUGGAAAACUUCACUCGCAAGUAUGGAUUAUAAAUGGAAUACAGAUAAAAAUCGAGCAUUGUCAAUGAACUGUAGCAUAAGCAAACUGUGAAGCGCUGACCUAAUAACUAUGACAUAAAUUUAGAAAAAAACAUUAAUAUUUGUACAGCUGCUUAACAACAAAUAGAUUUUAGCGCCAGUCACUGCAAAUUUUGGCUAAAGGCGCAUGCCAAAAUUUGACUAUAAAAGGGACAGCCGACGCAACAGUUAGCAUUGAAUAUUUCUGAGAAAUCAACUCAUUUAACAUGCUAUCCAACAAGUUCCUUAUCAUGAGCUUUGCGCUCUUUGCUGUGAUCAUUGCGGCGUCUGCCGAAAGUAGCGAGGAGAAAAUCAGCGACCGUCGUUUCCGCUGGGAAGGCUCCAACGAUCAGCAGGAGGAGGCUGACGAAGAAGACGGUGCAGACGGUGAUAUUGAAGCCGAUGAAGAUGGCGAUGAUGCGGCACAAGAUGAUGAUACAGAUGAUGAUGAGAUUGUAUUGGAAGAGAUUGCAGACUCCGGCAACGACAGCUCCCAGAAUGAUGCAUAAAUCAUAUUACAUAAGAAUAUUUUUAAAUGUUUUCGUUAACUGUUAUGCUUAUGCUAAAAUUGUUUCACAAACCACAAAUGCAAUAGAAUGUAGAUUUUAACAUUAAAUAUUUGUAAAUUAUUGAACAACAAUUAAGUGACAAUAAAGUUUAUAAAGAGCGCAAAAAA